GAAUUCAUAACUGUAAAACAAAAACAUUACAACAUGGCUACCUCCCUCAAUGUUUUCUGGUCAAAGUCAACCAUUCAUCUGUUCAUGUGUAUCGUCUGUCUGCACCUGUCGCUGACCUACGGACACGGCGGUGCAGACCACGACGACGACGAAGAGGAAGGCGUCACGCACGAUUUGCACGCAAAAGGCUUGGUUUUGGUUAAAGUAUAUUGUCUGAUCAUUAUGUUCUUCAGCACUUUUGCAGGUGGCGUGUCGCCUUAUUUUUUCAGAUGGAAUGAGAGUUUUUUGCUAUUGGGUACUCAAUUCGCAGGAGGCGUGUUUUUAGGAACUUCUCUUAUGCAUUUUUUGAGUGAUUCCAAUGAAACAUUUGGUGAUCUUACUACAAAAACAUACCCUUUUGCUUUCAUGUUGGCGUGUUUUGGGUACCUUAUUACAAUGCUUGGUGAUUGUGUGAUUGUAUAUGUGGUCGGACGAGGUGGUCGUGGUGGUGGAGGAGAUAGUUAUAAAGUGGCGGAAGAGGCGGAGGAAGGGAGGUCGAAUGGUGUCGAUAGGGAGGAGCAUAGUACUCAUCACCCUAUCCUUGUUAAGACGUCGUCGUUGAGUGAUACUAUUCUACUUAUCCUCGCCUUGUGUUUCCAUUCGAUUUUCGAGGGCAUUGCUGUUGGCGUAUCAUCUACAAAAGCAGAAGCAUGGAGGAAUCUAUGGACGAUCUCUCUGCACAAGAUUUUUGCAGCCGUUGCAAUGGGAAUAGCUCUCCUUAGAUUAAUACCGAAGAGGCCAUUCUUGUUAACCAUAGCCUACUCUUUUGCCUUUGGGAUCUCGAGCCCUAUUGGGGUUGGAAUCGGAAUAGCCAUUGACGCCACAACUGAAGGGAAAACUGCAGACUGGAUCUAUGCCAUAUCUAUGGGCAUUGCUUGUGGGGUUUUUGUGUAUGUAGCCAUUCACCAUCUUAUUUCCAAAGGGUUUAAACCACAAAAAGAAUCUUACUUUGACACACCAUUUUUCAAGUUUCUUGCUGUGCUUCUUGGAGUAGGUGUCAUUGCAGUUGUGAUGAUUUGGGAUUAAGUAUAUUGUGAAACGGUUUUACAUUAUAUCGAACUUGUAUGUGGAUUUUGUAAUUUGCUAAUGUGUUCAAAAUUCAUUGUGAUUGUUCCUACUUCCUACAAAAGCUUCAUAUUUGUUGUUGGUGGUGUGUAAUAUGAAAGAAAUCAAAGAAAUAAUAUCAAUUGUUUGUAUCA